CAAAAACUCGUUUAAUAUUAUAUUUACUAUAGUUGUUAUAUUAAAUUAGUCAAUCAUUGUAUUUUUUUCAUUGACCAAACGUAAAUUAAGUAAAAAAAUGGCACGAGUUGCUGCAGCAAAAGAGAGUAUCGAAAAGGCUCUGAAGGAUGAAAGUAAACCGUGGGCUAAAUUAUUUUCAAUUGCAGAAGCCAAAACUGGCAUUGAUCGGCUUUACAUAUUUCUGGGUUUAGUAGGAUUUUUAGCUCUGUACCUAGUAAUUGGAGUCGGACAGCAGCUAGUUUGUAACAUUAUUGGCUUUGUUUAUCCUGCCUAUUGUUCUAUGAAGGCACUUGAAUCUCGAAGUAAAGAGGAUGACACCAAAUGGUUGACUUAUUGGGUUGUCUUUGCUGUAUUUACCAUUAUUGAAUUUUUUUCCGAGUACAUCGUGUGCUGGUUUCCGGUGUAUUGGCUUUUUAAGUGCAUUUUUUACAUUUGGUUGAUGGUUCCACUUGAAUACAAUGGCUCCAUUGUUCUCUAUCACCGUUUUAUUAGACCAAAAUUCAUCAAGUAUCAGCCGGAUGUUGACAAUCUCAUAUCAAAGACUCGUGAUACUGUCGCAAAAGCUACAUCUGACGUAAUACGAGACUCUUUCAAAAAGGAAUGAUAAAUAGUAGGAGUACCUAGAAAAAUUGUCAAUCACGGGUUAGAAAAUGAAAAUAUUUUUGUUUAUU